AUGUUAUUCUCUCUAAAAUUGAACCAACGACCUGCAUUUGCUCGUUCGACUAAUUCUAACAUACUCGUGUCUACAUAUCAAUUAGAAGAACCUGAUUCUCGGAAGGGUUCUAUCUAUCUAUUGUCAAAUACCCUUGAUAUUAUUCAUCACAUCGAUGCUCCGGCUGGCGUGUUUCGAUUCGAUUUCCUGAAGCCGAACGUCGUCAUUGCCGCAGUGACCAACGGUUCCCUGUUUACAACUACUUUUGAUGACUCACCCUCAACAGCUUCGAUUCAUGUUUCCGACGAAAUGCUCCUUGACGUCUCAUCCCCUUCCCUCACAAGUUAUGUGUCAUGCACUGAUAAAGCAGGUUACGCUCAUAUGAUCGAUGUUGAUACAGAAACGGUAAUCAGCACUUGGAAAGCACACUCUCUACCUUACACAGAUACAGGAUGUGAGGUCUGGACAUGUAGCUUGAAUGACACUUUAUUGUGCACCGGAGGUGAAGAUGCCGUUCUCAAAGUGUGGGAUAUUCGGAGUCAAACUAUGGUGCAACGUCUGAAUGAAUUCAAUGCUGGUGUUACUUUCAGUAACUGGAAAAAAGAUAAUGUGAUCCAAAUUUCCCACACUACUAUAAUCUACGUCUCACAUUCUAAAGUUUCGUUUCUGUGUGCCAAGAAUUCAUGUCCUCAGGUAAUCAUAACUGGCAGCUACGACCAACAUAUCCGUUUAUUUGAUAUGCGAAAGAGUAAGGAAUCGCUGAAAGCAAUAGAGACUUCCGGGGGUGUCUGGCACAUAGAAGACUAUCAAAAUGCAAGGAAACAGUAUCGCGUUGCCGCUUGCAUGUAUGGAGGAUGGACACUUCUUGACGAAAACUUCGACAUUAUCAAAGCAGACGAUAAGGCUGGACAAGAACUGUUGUACGGAGUGACAAUGGCCAAUGAGAACUUGCUUAUUUACACAACAUUUAAUGAUUACAAAGUUACGGCUGUUACGGUUUAA